AUGCUCACAUUUAAUCGCAAUGCUCCCUGGCAUACACAGAAGACUCUGAAAACUUCUGAAUUUGGGAAAUCCUUUGGCACCUUGGGGCACAUUGGGAACAUAAGCCAUCAGUGCUGGGGUGUGGCAGGUUGUGGAGCCAGAGCCAGAGCAGUCCUCUCUGGAGAGCCUGAAGCAAACAUGGAUCAAGAAACUGUAGGCAAUGUUGUCCUGUUGGUCAUUGUCACCCUCAUCAGCGUGGUCCAGAACGGAUUCUUUGCCCAUAAAGUGGAGCACGAAAGCAGGACCCAGAAUGGGAGAAGCUUCCAGAGGACGGGAACACUUGCCUUUGAGCGGGUCUACACUGCCAACCAGAACUGUGUAGAUGCGUACCCCACUUUCCUCGUUGUGCUCUGGUCUGCGGGGCUACUUUGCAGCCAAGUUCCUGCUGCCUUUGCUGGACUGAUGUACUUAUUUGUGAGGCAAAAGUACUUUGUCGGUUACCUAGGAGAGAGAACGCAGAGCACCCCUGGCUACAUAUUUGGGAAACGCAUCAUACUCUUCCUGUUCCUCAUGUCCGUUGCUGGCAUAUUCAACUAUUACCUCAUCUUCUUUUUCGGAAGUGACUUUGAAAACUACAUAAAGACAAUCACCACCACCAUCUCCCCUCUACUUCUCAUUCCUUAACCCUCUGCUGAAUAUGGGGUUGGUGUUCUCAUCUAAUCAAUACCUACAAGUCAUCAUAAUUCAACUCUUGAAAGGAUUCUGCUCUUUUUUAGAUGGCUGUAAAUCUAUUGGCCAUCUGGGCUUCACAGCUUGAGUUAACCUUGCUUUUCCGGGAACAAAAUGAUUUCAUGUCAGCUCCACCCCUUGAACAUGACCGUGGCCCCAAAUUUGCUACUCCCAUGCAUUUUGUUUGUUUCUUCACUUAUCCUGUUCUCUGAAGAUGUUUUGUGACCAGGUUUGUGUUUUCUUAAAAUAAAAUGCAGAGACAUAUUUUAA